AUGGGUCACCCCAGUCAAAAUCGAUUCCAAAAUGAUGACAUCAGAACAAAACUUAUCGAUUCUAUACUGUUUCGACUUGAGGAGAAAACAAAAGAAGUUCGCGAUGAGACAUGGGAUAUCUCCGCAUGGCGUCGGUAUGUACAAUGGAUUCUCAUCGCUGCUAUUCUAAUAGUGUUUUGUGUUCUUCGAUAUGGUGUUGUAACAGUUCAUUUACAACCAACAGAAGGAAGAGUCGGAGAUCCAGUCAUCGAAUAUAAAGAUCGACAAUUGGAAAAGACGUCGGAAGCUUUCAGAGCAAGACAUCGGCAAUGA